AUGGGCAGCGAACCGCUGCCGGGCUCCAUGAGUUCCCCGGCAUCGUCACGGAAGCGGUCGUUUAGUGACGUGGAUGGCUGCGUACAAACCGCCAAUUCCCAGGAUCAAGGUGGAAUGGUUGCACCAGAAGCUGUCGUUCAGAAUGAUGACUUUAAAGGGCCGACUAUUACGAAUACCCCUAAGAUGGAAUCUGAAAUACUUCCGUCCAUCGAAAGCGCUGGUGUUCCCCAGCCCAUUGUUACGACUAAAACUUUGUCUACGUCAACAUCAACCUCUUCUACGUCUGUCGAUCCUCCUCUACCGCAUGCCGAUGGCAAUGGCUCCUCUGACCCUUCCAUAUCAACUCCUAUCCCCGCGCCUAAUCACAUUGAUCACGUCCAUACCCAGAACCAAACCCCUCCUCCCUCACUUGCCGCCUCCGUAUCUACCCCGGGGUUUACCUUACCCAAUAACAGCAAGAAACGAAAGCUAUCUCCCACCAGCAAGCAAGUGAGGGCACUGGAAAAGGAGAUGAAGGAGAAGCAGCGGGCAGAGGAGAAGGCCAAGAAGGAUGAAGAGAGGAGAAAGAGAGAAGAGGAACGGAAGAAAAGGGAAGAGGAGAAGAAGAAGAGGGAUGAGGAGAGAGAGGAGGAGAGGAGAAAGCGGGAGGAGAAGAAGAAAGUGAAGGAUGAGGAACGGCUGGCCAGGGAGGAGGAAAAGAAGAGAAGGGAUGAGGAGAGGAUGAAGAAGGAGAGGUCGCAAAUGCGUUUGAACGCUUUUUUUGCGAAGCCUACGACUUCUAAUUCAACGUCGGCGGUGAAUGUAGCUGGCGGAAUGACCGGGGGAAAUUCUAAUUCUGUUUGUAGCUCCGACAGUGGCUCUGAGACGUUGAAAGCGGAAACGAAACCUUCUUCGGACUACGAACAAGAAUUUCCCCUUUUUUUCUUGCAGUCGCAUGUGAAACUGGCGCCACCACAUCGUUUUGAACGAGAUAUCAACGCUCUCAAAUAUGUUUGCGAGAAGCUCGAUUCAUUAUUUAAGAAAGAAGAAACGUCUGAAGCGCAAGCACCACCUGAAAAAUUAUGUCCUUCGGAGUUGUUUGACGUGCUACCUUAUAGACGUCGACAAGGCAAAGCGACAGGGCCCACCGUGAGAGAGAUAUUACUUGGGAUGCAAGGUGUUGGGUCGAACACAAUAAAUUUGACGGGAGAUAAGAAAACGCAAACCCCUGGCGACUUCCUGAAGAAGAUCCCAAUGAAAGUUUUGAAGUUUGGGGAGGAUGUGCGGCCACCUUACCAGGGGACUUUUACGAAGCGGCUACCGGAAAGGGAUGCCAAGCGACUAUGUCGAAAUCCAUUUCGGCGGAUGGUUCCGGAUUUUAAUUAUGAUUAUGAUUCAGAAGCGGAGUGGGAAGAGCCGGAGGAAGGCGAGGACCUUGACUCAGAAGGGGAAGACGAAAUUAGUGAAGAUGGAGAUGGAGAUAUGGAAGACUUCUUGGAUGAUGGUGAUGAUGAUACUGCGGGCGGGAAGCGAAGGGUUAUUAUCGGUGAUCUCGAGCCAGUGUCUAGUGGGAUACAUUGGGAGGGUGAAGACGAUGUCGAUCCGAUGCUGAGUUCAUGUCGGAUGGAGAUUAUAUCAGAAACUUUGAACUUCCCCAUCGACCCGUUUUCUUCAGAGUAUUGGAGUAAACCUAUCCAGACAUCCCGCUCGCCGUUGAAACACCUUACACAUCUUUCCAAUCGGUCCUCAGAUCGAGCUGGCGCCAUUGCCAGCCCUUCUCAGAAGCAAAUCUCACCAUCCUCAGGAUUACUCCAACCAUCUUUCACCCUUCCUUCAACGACCUUGACCACAACAAUUUCAUCGGGACAUUCUAAGCUUCUUCCCGCUGCAGCACCAUCUCAGAAGCCACGACGUGCAUUCCCACCGGAUCAAGUAGCAGAAUUUAAACAGGCCAUUGCGGGAAGCAAUUUAACGAAGGCGGGGUUGAUUGAGGUGUUGAAGAAGCGAUUCCCGAAAGUGUCCAAGGACAUCAUCAAAGACACCCUCAACUCCACCGCGCAAAGACUGGGCCAGAAAGAAGCGGAUAAGAAAUGGGUUUUGAUAUGA